AUGCGCUUCGCCAGCCUCUUUGCGGCGGCCACCUGCGCGCUCGCCUCGACCUCGUCCGUCUGGGCAGCCCACUCGGGCUCUACACGCGCCCUCCUCCGCCGCGAUGCCUCAACCACCUUCGCCUUCGACUCGGGCGCCACGGCAAAGAACACCGACGGCGAGGACCACGGCACGCCCAAGGUGCCCAACGGCGCGCAGCUCGUGACGUUCCCCGUGGGCACAAAGGGCCACCAGGCUGCCGUCUACUGGGCCGACUCGCCCAAGAAUGCCACGGCCAAGCAAGCCUUUGUCAUGAUCCACGGAAGGAUGAAGGACGGCUUCGACUACUGGACCACCAUGAACGACAUCCUCCAGAGCGCCCUCGACGCCGACGAUUCCAACGCCGACCCCAACGCCAUUGUCGUCGCGCCCCAGUUCUACUCGGCCAAGCUCAACGAGGGCCAGUACGCCGACGACGUCCUCGCCUGGGGCGACGUCAACGCCUGGCAGGCCGGCGAGGCCGCCGUCCACCCGGACGGCGCCACCGAGUCGUCCUUUGACACGCUCGACGCCUUUAUCGACGAAUUCAACGACAAGUCAAAGUACCCCGCCAUGCAGCGCCUCAUCUUUGUCGGCCACGGCGGCGGCGGCCAGCUGCUCAACCGCUACGCCAUCGUCGGCAAGGACGCGCCCGCCGGCAUCCAGAUCCGCUACGUUGCCGGCGACCCCUCUUCGAGCGUCUACUUUACCACCGACCGCCCCGUCACCGACGACACGGUCGCCUCGAAGAAGGACUGCCCGCUCUACAACACCUGGCGCUACGGCUUCGACAACUUCACCGGCACCCUCCAGGGCCUCAAGACGCCCCAGGACUACUUUGCCCAGACCAUCACCCGCGACGUGCGCUACGUCGUCGGCUACGACGACACGGCGUCGAGCGGCGACCAGUACUGCAUGGCCAUGCUCCAGGGCGGAGAGAAGCGCCGCGACCGCAACCUGAGCUGGUGGAAGUACAUCAACACCCUCGCCCGCACCGCCGAAGACGUCAGCGGCCUUCCGGGCAACUUUUCCAACCUGCCCGACUGGUCGGCCGUCUCCAAAAACGUCAUCUCGCACCACCUGACCGUCAUCGAGGGCGCGACGCACGACGCCAUGGAGGUGUUUGGCUCCGCCGACGGCAGGUCGGUGCUGUUUGACGACGCAAACGUGCCCACGGGCUGGAGGCCCGCCGGCUGGAACCCAAAGGGCAACGGCCAGAAGGUGGCGGCCCUCAGCUCGAGCGGCGCGUCGGCCUCGGGCUCCAGCGCCCCUUCGGGUUCGCACACCAGUGCGACCAAGUCGGGCGUCUCGUCGUCGUCGUCGUCGUCGGCGGCGGCGUCGUCGAGGAGCAGGGUAGGUGUCGCCGGUCUCGUGGCCCCGCUCGUCUUCAUCCUGGCAUCCACCGUCUCGCUCCUCUGA